AUGCAUCUUAGCCAGCCUUGGACUGCCUUCGUAGCUCUGACAGCCUUGCUACACCUGCAUAUCAACGUGAAAGCAUCACCUUCUGCUGAUUUUAAAGAUCCCCCGAAUGAGUACCGUCCCAAGUUCCGCUAUUGGUUUCCUGACGCGAGUGUUCCUAUCUCCGUUGUUCAGAACGACAUUGCAAACCUCUCUGCCGUUGGUGCGGGGGGCCUCGAGUUCCUGCCGUUUUAUCUCUACGGCCUGACCAGUGGUUCGCCGCCAACAGAUUGGAGUAUCUAUGGGUAUGGCACACCUGCAUACGCAAAGGCGUUCAAAGGUGCUCUUCAGUCUGCCAAGGACAACAAUCUUGUUUUUGACUUCGCCGUGGGGGCGAGUCAAGGACAAGGCGCCCCAGCGGCGCCAGGUAGCAGGGGGCUAGCUGUGCAACUUCUUGCGGGAAAUGUUUCAAUUGCUGGUGGAGAAGCAUUUAAUGGCCCUGUUCCUCCUCCAAAAGAGAUACCAGCCACCCUUGCGUCUGGAUUGGGAUUUCAACACGCAUUGGAGCAGUUCGGGACUCCCAAUCUCACAGCUGUCAUUGCCUUUGAGAUCGAUCAAGGUAUGUUGUUGAUGUUACCAGCAUAUGUUGUCAACGAGGAGUCUGUAGUCGACCUUACAGAAUCUGUAGUGGGUGGUAACCUAUCGUUCAUGCCGCCGAACAACAAUGCUACAUGGCGUAUCUUUAGCUUCUGGGAAGCAUACACCAAUCAAAGAUCAUGUGCAGGAGGUGUGAACGCUACAAACACCGUAUCGAAUGGGUCGUGGGUCGUGGAUCAUUUCUCCUCUACUGGAGCUCAGGUUACCACGGACUUUCUAGACCACCAAAUUCUAUCAUAUCCUGGGGUGGAAGAGCUGUUGAAAGACGUGGGCAACUAUGCCUGGGAGGACAGCAUGGAGAUGAUGGCGACUCUCUGGUGGACUCCUGGCUUUCUCGGUCGAUUCGAGCGGUCUCGAGGAUACAGACUAACGAAAUAUCUUCCACUGUUGUAUGUUGCAGGUAAUCAGUGGGGACAGUUAUUUCCAUCUUAUUUGGAGACGUACAUCUAUGGAAACUAUACUAGCGAUGGCAUAAGUGUCCACAACCUCGACUACAGGACCGUCCUUAACGAAGGCUACCAAGAAUACAUCGAGCACUUUAAACAAUGGGCGCACUCGAAUGACAUCAAGUAUUCGGAUCAACCCGCUUACAAUUUACCCCUUCAGAUGCUGAGCGAUAUCCCACUGCUUGACGCCCCAGAAACGGAAUCCCUCGGAUUUGGAGACUUGGUUGACUCAUAUCGCCAGUUCUCUGGUCCGGCACAUUUGCACGGCAACAAUGUGGUAUCAUCAGAACUCGGUGCCGUGUUAACGCCUUCAUAUUCUCAGACGGUCCCUGAUCUAUUGUACCAUAUCAAGAGAUCAUGGGCUGGCGGCAUCACUCAAAUUGUCAUCCACGGAGGGGCAUACACUGGGAACUACCCCAAUACCACAUGGCCGGGCUACCAGGCAUUCGGCUUUCGAUAUACCGAAAAUUGGAGUGGACUACAGCCUUGCUGGCAACAUUUAUCGGACACUCUCGACUAUGUCGGACGCACUCAAUACGUGCUACAACAGGGGAUCCCAAAGAUAGACCUAGCAUUUUAUUUGUACGAGAGUCCUUACACCCCUGCUACACAAUUCCAAUCGGACGCCCUUCAGAAGCUAGGUUACACAUACGACUAUCUCGGACCGGACAACCUGCUAGAUUCCAAAGCAGUAGUUAAAAAUCAGGUGCUAGCGGCUGAUGGCCCUGGAUACAAAGCAUUGAUAUUCUCGAACCAGACUGUCAUCUCCACCGCGGCUGCUGCGCAAGUGUUGAAGUUUGCGGAAGCCGGCUUCCCAAUAUUCUUCAUCGGAGCGCCCCCGAAUCAAACAUUGGGCGCGUCAGCUCAGGCACAAGCACAUACUCAAAUUUUGAUUGAACAGAUUUUGGCGAAGACGGGCAACGUUCAUCGGCUGGACUCUGCCCGAGACUUGGCGAACGCACUCUCGUCAAUAGGAAUCGCGCCCCGGGCCCAACUAUCUUGCUCAAGUAAUCCUGUCUAUACUGUUUGGCGUUCAGAUCCCGCCGCCAAAAAGGAAUACCUGUUCAUUUACAAUGAUCAAUCGGUUGCGACGACAUGCACGGCGAAUCUCACGGUAGCAACGUCCAAGACCCCGUACAUUCUGGAUGCUUGGACCGGAACGCAAGAGCCAUUGCUAUCGUACCAGCGCGCGUCCAACAACACGAUAUACAUGGAUCUGGACUUGAAAGCAAACGAGACCCGCAUUAUCUCCUUUACCCAGGACCGCAGCUACAACAAUUCCAUCGUGCGGAAAAGUGUCAAUGUUAAGUGGAUGAGAUCGGUUGACUCUACACAUAUAGCCCUUGUACUCGCAGGACCAGCAAACGUUACCAGCAGCACGGGGAAGGUGUCUUCCUUCAACCCGGCUCUCCCAUCUGCCACAAGUCUCAGAACCUGGGACUUGACGAUCCAGGACUGGCAUGGCCCAUCAUCUCCAGAGGACUUUUAUUCAGUAAGGACUGAAAUCACUACCUCGCACUUAUCCAACAUCUCUCUGGUUCCCUGGAGCUCCCUUGGACACCAAUACGCCAGCACCUCUGGCGUUGGCAUCUACACGACAACGUUUGCAACACCUGAGUCUAAUUCAUCCUCUUCGCUAGGUGCAUUUCUCUCAUUCCCGCCAGUCCAGCAUACUCUUCGUGCCUCAUUGAACGGGCACAAACUGCCCCCUGUUGACCCCACAAACCCCGUAGUUAAUAUUGGGCCGUACCUCGCGAAAGCCGAUGGCAAGAGGGUGAACACACUUGAGGUUAAGAUCACGACGACACUCUUCAAUAAGGUCAAAGCGGAGGCUAACACUCACAUGUUCGUUGGAUCACCAAUCAGUGAAGCCCAGCCGUUGUAUGCAACCACCCCGAACCAAGAGUACGGGCUCCUUGGACCGGUGGAAGUAGAGUGGACAACAAUUGUGGAAAUGGUGCUCUAG